GAUUCUGAGGACCUCGGCUUGUUCCAGGCCCGCUUAUAUAGUAAUGAACGGAGAACCGAAACGCAAAACUAAGGAGCAAGCUCAACACAACAGGCUAGAGAAGUUCCAAGAGGAUGUGAUUAUUGCACACAACAAGUUCCGUGGUAAGCAUCAUGCAGCACCAUUAAAGUGGUCAGCGGGGCUAGCCGAAGGCGCAAGGCAGUGGGCAACUAAUUUGUCAGAGAAAGGAAAUCUUAGACAUUCAAAUCAAGCAUUCGUCGGUGAGAAUAUCUGGAUUGGCAAGGAUGAAAGAAUUUCUGGAACACGCGUAACUCAUUUGUGGUACAACGAGAUCGACAGUUACGACUUUGACGCCCCGGGCUUCAACACGAAAACAAGGAAUUUUACCCAAAUUGUCUGGCGUGAGACGACGUCCAUAGGAGUGGCGAAGGUUCGCGCGCCAGACGGUGUCUGUGCGAUUGUCGCUCGUUAUUACCCAACCGCCAAUGUCAUAGGAAAGUUCGAAGAAAACGUUCUGAAAUGCACGGAAAUUCCACGAAAUUUUGUUCCAGUAUUACCUCCACCUCCAGAGAGCGUUAAAGAAGACUUUCCACAGGAACUACUCGUGACGCACAAUAGAUAUCGUAAGAAGCACGGGGUUCCCUUGUUGCAGUGGUCAAACGAACUCACGGAAGGAGCUAAACUUUGGGCUGAAGAAGUUGGUCGUCGGAGGGAAGUUCGCUCCUUUGGAAGUCCAGAAUACGGAGAAAAUAUAAUCGUCGUGGAGGGACAAAAUAUCUCUGGCGGUGUCGCGACGGAUCUUUGGUACGACGAAAUUAAGAACUACAACUUUAGAGAGCCGGAAUUGAAUAACAAAACAGGACAUUUCACGCAAGUCGUGUGGGCUUCGACGCGCUUUGUGGGAGCGGCGAAGAUGAAAACGUCGGAUGGAAGGUGCAUUGUCAUCGCUCGUUAUUUCCCCCCGGGAAAUAUACACGAGGAUUUGAGAAAGAAUGUGAAACCGACAAGAUCUCAAUCACAAACGGAUUUACCUGGACGUAAUCAAGACGUCUUUACGCACGGUCCACUGCCGAAGAAUAUUAGGGACCAGAUGACGCAAAACGACUCAAACGAUCAGGAUAUCCAAAAACAGCGGAAGAAACACGACAGGAAGUCGACAUGUAUAUUGCAGUGAGUUUGGGGUGACUAGCGGUCUUGAAUAUACGAUGUUUUGAGUUUAAAGAAAUGAAAUGUAGCCGGUCAGGAGCGCAUUGUCAUUGGCUGGAUUAUUUACAUUGGUUAUGAAAAUGCAAAAUCCACCAUAAUAAAAUAAAUAUUAUCUAGGACAGUUGAAGAAGAAAGAAUUUCUGAUCAUUGAGAACCCUGCAGUCUUAUGAAUUCCAUUUAAUUUCUCAAUUGCAUCAUAUCAGAGAUUAUCAAGUCUCAGGUUUAAAUGUCUGUCUGCGUGGUUUGAAUAUGCAAUUGAAUUUUCUGCAUGUUUAUUUUCGUCUUGUGAAAGGCAUUGCUUGCAUGCUUCAAGUCAUUUGCCGGCUGUGGUUUUACGGUUAACUCAAAAACAUUGGUCGUACUAAAAAAAUUGAUGUACGCCUAAUAUUACUUAUUGGUGUUGUCCAUAGCCGUAAAUUAUUGUUUAAAUUAUCAUAUAAUGUGUUCCCUAACUUUCCUUACCGUAUUUACUAAAAUCAUGACGUGACAUAAUUCGUGCUAGUGGAUAAUGUUAUUCGAUUGUAGCUAAUAAAAACCGAAUUUGA